CUUAAUAGGGGACGAAUUAUAAUAGAGUUUUAAAAAAAAAGUUGAAAAGCGGUGACAAAUGCAUCCCGAAGUAAAAAAUACACUCAACAGACAGUUUGAUGGUAAUACAAAAUUUAUAGACACCUUGGUAGAGUAAAAAGUGUAUACUCAAUAUAAAAGGGCGUGUAGGUCAUCAUCAGAAAAGGCAGCAGCAGUAGAAGCAACAGUAGCCAUAGCAGUUGAUUUAUGUGCUGAUAAUAAAACCAAAUUGUUGCGCAUAUGUUAGACAGUGGUUCGUAGGUUGACUGAAAAGCAUUCCUCAACUAGAUGCCAAGGGGGGCAAGUGUCUACCCCUGUAAUUGUGACACUGUCAUAUAGAAACUGAAAUCUGUAUAGGACUUAGACACACAUACUCAUAUACUCAGAAUUGUCACAAAGCACACGAAAUUACUUACAAUAAUAGAAAUUCCAAGUGGACAAAAUGAACAACAAUCAGAGCUGCCUGGAGAGCAGCAAGAAGAGCUCACACACCACAUUGGGCAGCACAUUCUUUGAGGACCUUUGGCCCGUUUUGCUGGAUGAGAAUAAGUGUCGUGUUGAGAGCACAGCAGCCGAUUAUUUCAUACCAACGAAGAAAUUCAAUCAACUCUAUUGGCAUACAUUCUUGGCCAAGGUGGGUUAUCCAGACUAUUUGAUGCCACAUGAUUUGCGUUGCUGUAAGGCAGCCGAACGUCAAGAUGCCUCCGAAGAGGAAGCAGAGCUGGCUGCCAAUGAGGCAGCUGAGAAUAUGAGCAAUGCAGCUCAUGGCGAUUACGAGAAUUGCGGAUCUAUGGCUAUACGACGAGUGGAUAAGGAGAUUACUUAUCUGCGAGAUAAGGCGAAACGUCGCGAUAAGCUAGCCUAUGAGUUCGCCAAUCGUUCAUAUCCCUGGACCAUGAAAAAACCCAAACUUGGCUUUGAGUUGACACCCGAAUUGCGUAAAUGCUUCAAGAAACCCAUGGAGCUGCAUAUCCUCCAAGACAUUAAUAUCCAUAAUUGUCAACUGAUGCUGAUUGAUGCUGGCAGUGAAAUAUGUGUUGACGACUUCCAGCGUUGGAUUAAAUUUGGUCCGUAUGUAAAAAUGCUGGUGCUAGUCCGUUGUCCACGUGUCGAACGUCGCCUUCGCUUGCUCAAUGUCUUCCAUACACUACUGUACGAGGAGUGUGCAGAGAACUCAUGGCACGAAGAGUUGGAGUGCUCGUUGCAGACAGGUUUUGAGCAUGCCAAGAAGAUGAAGUUACUCAAGGACUGCAGCGAAUCAUUCAUAUUUGUAUUCUCGCAGUGCCGUGGCUUUUGCACCUGUGAUACCUAUAAAAUUGUGCGACGAAGUUAACGUUAUAGAAACCCACAAACACACACAAACACACUCACACACACACACAUACAUGUACAUACAUUGAUUUUGUAUUUCAUAUACUUGGCGCACAGGCAAA